AUGACAUCUCACAACUUCGGUGAAUACAUGAAGAAAGUUUUUCACCCUUUUCUACUUCAAAAAGGAAUCAAGCUCCCUAUAAUAUUGUUUGUGAACGGCCAUUCUUCUCAUGUAGGAAUAGAAGUGGCAGAUUUGUGUCAGCAGCUGGGAGUCAUUCUAAUUGCUUUAUAUCCUAACACAACCCGUAAGGGCGAUUUCUGGGUGUCUUCCCCUAUUACGCAACCAGCCGACGUCUCUAUUUUCAAACCAUUAAAAGAUCAGUGGAAGAACGAAGUAGAUGACUGGCGUUCGAAGCAACCAGAUGUUAGCUUCACAUUGCGUCACUUUGGAGGUGUGCUACAGGAAACAGUAGCAAAGGGAAUUAAAAAGGACAGUAUUACUAACGGUUUUCGUGUGUGCGGUUUGUUCCCUUUCGAUGCUGAGAACGUUGAUUACACUAAAUGCAUAGCGAAAUCGUCGAAUAACACUGUUUCUCCUUCUGUAGUUCCCAGUCAGCAGACUUCAUUACCCAAUAUUGAUACACCCGUAACAAACGAAACAGCUGAUGAACCCGUACUGUCCGAUGCAAAAAGUGUUGAGGUAUUAAUCGGAAAUACUUCAGCUACAGUAACGCAUCAACUGUUCACCAGUAACACUGACCCACCCACAUCUGAUGUGAAUAUUCCAUUCACAGUGUCUUCUGCCUAUGUGCCCAUUCACAAAGACAAAAUCAAAAAAGCAAUUGAAGUUAUGGGAAGAUCUACGCUUUCGAAGAUUCAACGACUAAACGCUGAUUUGUCUCAUGAGGAGCAGGUUCUUCAAUAUUUCUACAAAGAGUUUAUUCGCCCUUUUACGACCUUCGCAAAUAACUCAUUUGAGGACGACCACAUUGAACAAAAUGCAAUGGUUGAAAUUGAGGAGGAUGACACAAUAAUGGGAGAGUUAUUGAUCGAUAACGACGGAAACGUAACCAUCUCGGCGGCUCAAUAUUUUGAGGAAAAGGAUGUGAUUCGUUCCUUGAAAGAAUCGAUGGCAAGCACUUUGGCACUACUGAAAAUAUAUGCGUUGGUAAGUUAUUUGUUUAAACAUAAUUGCCAGGGUUUUUUCAUAAAUGUUUUCAAUAUUUUAGACUCAACUUCUGGUCACCCUGUUCCCAACAUUCUUAGAGAUACAACAAACGUUGUAUCGCAAACAAGGAAGAAAAGUAUUUCCGAAUUUCUUAAGAUUCCACCAACCCCUCGACGAAGCGCGAAGCAUCGAAGCUAUACCAAAAAAUACUUUCCCGUUCUGACGGCCGGAGAACGUAUUGAGGAAAUAAGAAAAGCAGAGCAAGAAAAACAAAAAAAUGAAAUUCAAAAGAAAAUUAGAGCAGCAGAACGAACAGAAGCUAGAAGAAGAACCGAAGAAGCCAAAAAGGAGCGGGCCGAGAAACGAAAGCAAAAAAAGUUGAAUGAGGAAUCAGUGAAAGAAGAAAAAGAAAAUUGUAAAAUUGUAAAAAGAGUUCGAAAAGCGACUACUACAACUCAGAGAGUAAAGUCGAAGAAGUUGAAAACAGAACAUUAA